GGAAGCUCGGCUUAGCCGCACCGGCUCCGGCCCAAACCGACCGACCACUCCAAACCCUCGAAUCCAAGCCGCCUCCGCCUCCGCCUCCCCGCGGAUCUCCCAUCCAUCCAUGGCCGCCGCCGCCCCGGCCCGCAGGCUGCUCCUGCGCCUGCGCCUCCCCCUCCCCCUCUGCGACCCGCCGCCGGCCCCCGUCCCGCUCCUCCCCCACCUGCUGACGCCGCACCUCCACCCGCAGCCACCGCCGCCGGCGCCUCCGCUCCCGGACCCGAAGCUCCGGGACCUCCUCUUCGCCUUCCACCCCGCCGUGCACCUAUACCCGUCCCUCGUCGACGUCCCGAGAGGAGGGCCAGGCGACUGCGACGCGCGCGAGGACGUAGGGGAGGCCAAGGAGCCGGAGGUGUGGGCGGACAGCGUCAAGAAGAAGCGCAAGCGCAAGAUGAACAAGCACAAGCUCCGCAAGCUCCGGAAGCGCCUCCGCCGCCAGACCUGAGCCGCCGCCGCACGUGGAUCCCGGCUUGAGGAUUGUGAUUGCAAGGAGGUUCUCCGGUGCCGCUGCCACACCGGUUUCAAGCUGAUGGUUUCUUCCAGUUAUUUUGGUUUGGUUAUAGGAGUAGCAGUUCUGGUACCAACAAAGCAAUUGCUGCGACUGGGCACGACGUACCUACAAACACUGUAAUGACAAGGAGCCAGGAACGGGCUGUUUCAUGUCUGGAUUUCUGGCAAAUAAAGCUUCAAAUGCCCGUCUAACUCAUUUGUACUGUUCUUUCCCCGGAUCAAUGCUAUAGCCUGAGUAUGCUCGUGCCAGAAGAAUUUUGUCUUAAAUAGUUCAUGAGUUGCCCUGAAUUUGUGUAUGCUACAUUCCCAAUUUUGCUUCAUUGGCUGGUUCACGAAUAGUUACCAGCGGUCAACCCCUUUUGCAAACCA